CUCCUCCUCUCCAUCUCUCUGUGACUCCCUCUCUCUUGCAUAUGAUCUGUACUUCACUUCCUUCCAGCUGAAGCAGGAGAUAACAGCACGCUACAUACAGUUAGCACAAAAGAAGAAUCGGAGAAGAAAAGGAAGAGACGGCUGUGGUUUCUGUAGAUUAGAAGAACGCUGGUCCCUGUGACUUCAGUAAGAGAGAGAGUCUGAGGCCAGCUUCAGCAGCAAGCUACCUUGAGUUAAAGCUUCUGCCUGGCUGCCACAUCCUGCGAUGAGUCGAAGGGAGGCUCUGGUGGGAAACCCUGCGCCUAGUGCGGUGCCUGAGGUAUCGGGCAACAGCACAGAGGCAGCAGGACCCGGUCCCCACGAGACCAAAGAUGAGAUGUUCUCCAAAGUCAAAGACAAGUUCAUGAAUGAACUGCACAAAAUCCCACUGCCAUCAUGGGCCAUCGUCGCCAUUGCGUUUGUUGCUGUUGUACUAGUUGUUUCCUGUUGCUUCUGCAUCUGCAAAAAGUUGAUAUUCAAGAAGAAGAACAAGAAAAAGGGCAAAGACAAGGGCAAGAAUGCCAUCAACAUGAAGGACGUCAAGGAUGGUAUCAAAACCGAGGCCUUGAAGGAUGAGGAUGAUGCGGAAACAGGGCUGACGGAUACAGAGAAAGAGGUGGAGCCUAAGGAAGAAGAGAAACUUGGCAAAUUACAGUACUCCUUGGAUUACAAUUUCACAGAGAAUACGUUCAUAGUGGGGAUCAUCCAAGCAGCAGAGCUGCCUGCCAUGGAUAUGGGUGGCACUUCUGACCCCUAUGUAAAGGUCUACCUUCUUCCAGACAAGAAGAAGAAAUUUGAGACCAAGGUCCACCGGAAGACAUUGAAUCCUGUUUUCAAUGAGCAAUUCACCUUUAAGGUUCCCUACACUGAGCUUGGAGGGAAAACUCUGGUGAUGACGGUAUAUGACUUUGACCGCUUCUCCAAACAUGACGCCAUUGGAGACGUGAAGGUGCCUAUGAAUAAGGUCGACUUUAGUCAUGUGACUGAAGAGUGGAGGGACCUCCAGAGUGCUGAGAAAGAAGAGCAAGAGAAGCUGGGUGACAUCUGUUUGUCUCUGCGGUAUGUGCCCACUGCUGGCAAACUGACCGUGGUCAUUCUGGAGGCCAAGAACCUGAAGAAGAUGGAUGUUGGUGGCCUGUCAGAUCCUUACGUCAAGAUUCACCUGAUGCAGAACGGCAAGCGGCUGAAGAAGAAGAAGACGACAAUCAAAAAGAACACCCUUAACCCUUACUACAAUGAAUCUUUCAGUUUCGAAGUGCCAUUCGAACAAAUCCAGAAAGUUCAAGUUGUUAUAACUGUUCUGGACUAUGACAAGAUUGGCAAGAACGAUGCCAUCGGCAAAGUGUUUGUGGGUUUGAACAGCACAGGCACCGAGAUCCGUCAUUGGUCAGAUAUGCUGGCCAACCCGAGGAGACCCAUCGCUCAGUGGCACGUGCUCAAGCCGGAGGAGGAAAUAGAUGCCCUGCUGGCAGCUCAGAAAAAAUAGAGCAGCCCCGAGACCAACCCCCCGCCCCCUUUCCCAAAAACCUGCCCGUGUAGUGCUCUUUACCCAGUGCGUGUAAAUACCUCAGUGAUAUAAGGAUUCAUGCACCCUCACUCCUAAUUUUGUGUCUCGGACCACCCCAUUGAGAUGUUGUGUUGUUACGUCAGUUUCGACCCCUCGCCCCCUUCCUUCCUUCCUUCCUUCCGUCGAUAAACUCUCUCUGUCCUUUGUUGUUUCAUCUCCAUCCACGACCUUAAAAGUCCCCGACCAAAUGCCCCCUUCUUUUAAGCAAUAUGAUCUGUAUAGAUAGAGCAUGACUGGAGGAAUUUAUUGUACUGUACCACAGGUGUAUAUAUCAGUAUGCAGACGAAAAUGAUUUCUAGUUUAUGUGUUUGUAUGUUGUUACCCGUUUCCUAAACUGUGUAUAUCUUGAUGUUUUUAAUAAGAUGUUCUAUUUUAAAUUAUGUAAAUGCAUAGAAGAGCCAAUAUUAUAUAUAACGGGAUUUAAGAGUUUUACCUUAUUGCAUUCCACUAAAUUAUACGAUAUAUCUCUAUAUAAAUAUUUACGAGUUAAAGAAUUCCAACCUGCAAAACGCUAGUGGAGGUACACUCACACUCACGUAAAGGACAGUUUGCGCUUCAUGUUUACGUAAAAAAAAAAGCUUACAGAUGUACCGUACACGAUAAACACACACACACUGAACACGAAGGCCAUUAACUAAUAUGGUUUCAUGGUAUAAAUAUAAUAUGCUGCUGACAAUUAUACAAGCACAUGAUUUCGUAAGAACUUUUUGUACUAAUUUAUCAAACUGAGGACCUGUAUGCUUCGCUUAAACCACUUUAAUCGAAGGAAUUCUUCUUACUUGAUGAAGACCAAUCAGCCUUUUCUUUUGAUUUCUCUUUCAGCCUUUUCCGGUUUGCUUCAUUCUUGUUUUCUAUCCUUCAAUUCCCGAAUCUUAUCGAAUCUAAUUUGGCGUCUUCGCGAAACCGUAAAUUGACCAUUUAUGGCACAGUCUCAAGCUGUAGCCACCUUGAAUUUGUGAAUCGCUUCCUUUUCUCGUCGUCGGACUCAUUUCGUUGAGGAAUUUACUGUUCAGCCUCCAAAAAAAGGAAACCAGGAGUUUUGACUCUAGCUUUAAGACAACUAUUUUUUAGAUUAAGCCAACGUCUGAAUAUUUUUGGUAACUGCAUGAUUUUUUUUUACGAUCUUUGCUAAAGGCCGGGUAACGGGGGGAUUUAUUUACACCGGGGCGUCUUUCAAGAGACUCCCUUGCCU